UCACCUGCCUCUCCCUCCCUGCAUGCACACCUGUAUUCCUCUUUACCUACCUACUUGGAUUCUAGUGCACCUGUGAGCUAGGCUCCUGUUUAACGAAGGAACUCCAAACAUGGAAUAGAGUGAAUGAGGGACAGUUGAAUCUUAUUUUGUUGAGAGACAGAGAGGUAGCUAGUGUUGUCAUCCUGAGCUGGGUUUGGACCCUUGGUAUUUUUCGUAUGAGCGGGGAAGGGGGUAUUCUCAGCCAUGAAGCUCGGCAAGACCAAGAGCUCCAAGGAUGACCACAAGAAAGAUGAGCCAGCCAUCUUGGACAUGGAGGAUCUGAACAGGAAGGCCAUGCGUCUGGGAGGGGUGGGGGGUCUGGACCCAGACUGCAUCUCCCUGGCCUCGGUCACUGCCGUCACCACCAAUGUCUCCAACAAGAGAUCAAAGCCUGAUAUCAAGAUGGAGCCUAGUUCUGGGAGGUCUGUGGAUUACCAGAUUAGCAUCACAGUCGUUGAGGCAAGGCAGCUGGUUGGCCUUAACAUGGACCCUGUGGUCUGUGUGGAGAUUGGGGACGACAAGAAGUACACCUCCAUGAAGGAGUCCACUAACUGCCCCUACUACAAUGAGUACUUUGUCUUUGACUUCCACGUCCCACCAGAUGUCAUGUUUGACAAGAUCCUGAAGCUCUCCGUGAUCCACUCUAAGAACCUGCUGCGGAGUGGCACCUUAGUUGGAACUUUCAAGCUGGAUGUUGGCACAGUCUACUCCCAGCCUGAGCACCAAUUCUACCACAAGUGGGCCACACUGUCUGACCCUGAUGACAUCACGGCCGGCUGCAAAGGUUACAUCAAGUGUGACAUCGCCGUGGUGGGGAAGGGGGACAACAUCAAGACUCCCCACAAGGCCAACGAGACGGAUGAAGACGACAUAGAAGGGAACCUCCUUCUUCCGGAGGGUGUUCCCUUGGAGAGGCAGUGGGCGCGGUUCUACGUGAAGAUCUACCGCGCUGAGGGCCUUCCCAAGAUGAACACCAGCAUCAUGGCCAACGUUAAGAAGGCCUUCAUAGGGGAGAACAGAGACCUGGUGGACCCCUACGUACAAGUGCUCUUCGCCGGACAGAGAGGGAAGACGUCGGUCCAGAAGAGUAGUUAUGAGCCGAUCUGGAAUGAGCAGGUGGUCUUCACUGAGAUGUUUCCUCCGCUCUGCAAACGCAUGAAGGUCCAGAUAAGAGACUCCGACAAAGUCAACGACGUCGCCAUAGGAACACACUUCAUUGACCUGCGAAAGAUCGCCAAUGAUGGUGACAAAGGGUUCCUGCCCACCAUGGGCCCAGCCUGGGUCAACAUGUAUGGCUCCACCCGCCAGUACACUCUGAUGGAUGAGCACCAGGACUUGAAUGAGGGGCUGGGGGAAGGCGUGUCCUUCAGGGCCCGCCUCCUCAUCUCCGUUGCCGUGGAGAUCCUGGACACCACCUCCACUGAGAUUGUAAGCUCCUCCGAGGUGCAGGUGGAGCCUGUCUCUAACAUCUCAGAGAGUGUUACAGGGAAAGUAGAGGAAUUCUUUCUGUUUGGUUCCUUCCUGGAGGCCACCAUGAUCGACAGGAAGAUCGGCGAUAAGCCAAUCAGCUUCGAGGUCACAAUAGGCAACUACGGCAACCAGAUAGAUGGAGUGAGCAAGCCCUCGGCAGCUAAGAAGAAGAAGAAAGAGGGAGGAGGAGGAGGAGAGAGUGAUGAGGAGGAGUCAGAGCUGAUCCAGCAGAACUCCAGUGAGGACGAGGCAGAUGAUGAUGGGGACCUGGUGUCUGUGUCCUCCUCCCCACCCAUGAAACCUGUCAUAACAGACAGGAACUACUUCCACCUGCCCUACUUUGAGAAGAAGCCGUGUAUCUACAUCAAGAGCUGGUGGCAGGACCAGAGGAGAAGACUUUACAACUCCAACAUCAUGGACAAGAUCGCUGACAAACUGGAGGAGGGUCUGAAUGAUGUGCAGGAGAUCAUCAAGACAGAGACAGCCUAUCCAGAGCGCAGACUCAGAGGGGUGCUGGAGGAACUCAGCACUGGCUGCAAUCGUUUCGUCACUUUGGCCAACAAGAACCAGAACCAGGCAGGCAGAACCAAACUGGACAAAGAGAGACUCAAGUCCUGCAUGAGAGAGAUGGAGAGCAUGGGCCAGCAGGCCAAGCUGAUUCGCUCCCAGGUGAAGAGGAACACAGUGAGAGACAAACUGAAGAUGGUUCAGAACUUCCUGCACAGGCUACGUUUCCUUGCCGACGAGCCCCAGCACAGUAUCCCAGACGUGUUUGUAUGGAUGAUGAGUAGCAACAAGCGUAUCGCCUACGCCCGCAUCCCCUCCAAAGACAUCCUCUACUCCAUCGUAGACGAGGAGACAGGCAAGGACUGUGGCAAGGUCAAAGCUGUCUUCCUCAGGCUGCCUGGUAAGAAGGGGUUUGGUCCAGCCGGGUGGACAGUGCAGGCUAAGAUGGAGAUGUACCUGUGGCUGGGCCUCAACAAACAAAGGAAGGACUUCCUGUCUGGCCUGCCCAACGGCUUUGAAGAGAACAAGGCUCCCAGGACAGGCUCGUGUCUGCAGUCUUUACCCCCUAUCAGUCUGGUUUAUAACAUGAAGCAGGUAUUCCAGCUGAGGGCUCACAUGUACCAGGCCAGGAGUCUGUUUGCUGCAGACAGCAGUGGCCUGUCAGACCCCUUCGCCAGGGUCUUCUUCUCCACACACAGCCAGGUCACUGAGGUCCUGAGUGAGACUCUGUGCCCUACGUGGGAUCAGCUGCUGGUGUUUGAUGAUGUUGAGCUGUUCGGGGAGGCCGGCGAGCUACGAGACGACCCACCUAUCAUUGUGGUAGAGGUCUACGACCAGGACACUGUGGGCAAGGCAGAGUUCAUUGGUCGUACAUUUGCUAAGCCCAUCACUAAGAUGUGUGACGAGCACUACGGACCCCCGAGGUUCCCCCCUCAGCUAGAGUACUACCAGAUCUACCGUGGUAACUCUACCGCCGGUGACCUACUGGCUGCCUUCGAGCUGCUACAGAUUGGGCAAGGGGGGAGGGCGGAGCUUCCUGCCAUCAAUGGUUCGACAGACUCAGACCGUGGACCCAUCCUCCCUGUGCCAAUGGGCAUCAGACCUGUCCUAAGCCGUUAUCGCAUAGAGGUUCUGUUCUGGGGCCUGCGGGACCUGAAGAGGGUGAAUUUGGCCCAGGUGGACAGACCCAGGGUGGACAUAGAGUGUGCAGGGAGAGGAGUCCAGUCUGCACUCAUCGUGAACUUCAAAAAGAACCCCAACUUCAGCACACUGGUCAAGUGGUUCGAGGUGGACCUGCCAGAGAACGAGCUGCUCCACCCUCCUCUUAACAUCCGGGUAGUGGACUGCAGGGCAUUUGGCCGAUACACCCUGGUGGGUUCCCACGCCGUCACCAGCCUACGACGCUUCAUCUACAGCCCCCCAGACAAGACGCAAAACAACUGGGCCAGCGCAGCUAGACUGAUGAAUGGCUACAUGGUCCUGACCAACGGGGGGUCCCAAUCUCGCCCCUCCUCCCCUUACUCCCGCACCCUGCCCCGCACCCUCUCUCACCCCACAGGUGAUGUCAUAGUCAACAUGGGUGCCAACCCCUCAGUCAGGAAAAUGGACACGGUGGUGAAGUUAGAUGCUUCGUCCGAUGCAGUAAUUAAAGUUGAUGUGAAUGAGGAGGAGAAAGAAGAGAAGAAGAAGAAGAAGAAGAAAAAGAAGGGAGAGGUGGAGGAGGACGAUGAGACCGACGAGAGAAUGCUGGACUGGUGGUCCAAAUAUUUUGCUUCCAUAGAGACACUGAUGGAGAUCCUCAGGGCCCAGGAGGCAGCUCUGGCUGAGGCCGAGGAGAGGGAGGAGCAGGAGAUAGCAGCAGAGGGAGCAGAUAUCAAACCUGAUGACCUCCCUGUAAAAGGCUCCAAGGGGAAGGAGAAGAGCCGAGACAAGAGCAGGAACAAGGACAAGAAGAAGAGUCACCAUGCAGGAGAGGGGACAGAGAAACGCCCCAGCAAACCCAAAGUGAACGAGCUGCUGGUGUACAACAAGGAGUUGGAGGCAGAGUAUGAUAACUUUGAGGACUGGCUCCACACCUUCAACUUGUACAGAGGGAAGGCAGGGGACGACGAUGAAGCAGCCCUGGAUGACGACAGGAUCGUGGGCAGAUUCAAGGGCUCCAUGUGCAUGUACAAGCUGCCUCUGUCUGAGGAGAUCACCCGGGAGGCGGGCUUCGACCCUAACAUGGGCAUGUUCCAGAGCAUUCCACACAAUGACCCAAUCAAUGUUCUGGUGCGAGUCUUCGUGGUCAGGGCCACAGACCUCCAUCCUGCUGAUGUCAAUGGGAAAGCGGACCCCUACGUCAUCAUCAAACUGGGCAAGUCAGAGCUGAAGGAUAAAGAGAACUAUAUCUCCAAACAGCUCAACCCUGUCUUUGGCAAGGCGUUUGACAUGGAGGCUACGUUCCCCAUGGAGUCCAUGUUGACCGUGUCAGUGUACGACUGGGAUCUGGUGGGCACUGAUGACCUCAUCGGGGAGACCAAGAUCGACCUGGAGAACCGCUACUAUAGCAAACACAGAGCUACCUGUGGCAUCGCUAACAACUACUCUGUGCAUGGUUACAACAUGUGGCGUGACCCCAUGAAGCCAAGCCAGAUCCUGGCCAAGCUCUGUAAGGAGGGCAAGCUGGACGGACCCCACUACGGCCCCGGGGGAAGGGUCAAGGUCGCCAACCGUAUCUUCAUGGGUGCCACAGAGAUCGAGGAUGAGACUGGUCUAAAGAAGCAGACAGAUGAGCACUUGGCGCUGACGGUGCUGAAGCACUGGGAGGAGAUCCCUAGGGUGGGCUGUAAACUCAUCCCAGAACACGUCGAGACAAGACCCCUGUUCCACCCUGAGAAACCUGGCAUCGAACAGGGGCGGAUUGAGAUGUGGGUAGACAUGUUCCCCAUGGACAUGCCAGCACCUGGACCCGCCAUUGACAUAUCACCACGGAAACCAAAGAAAUAUGAGCUCAGGGUGGUUAUAUGGAAUACAGACGAAGUAAUACUCGAGGACGAUGAUUACUUCACUGGGGAAAAGUCCAGUGACAUAUUUGUCAGGGGGUGGCUGAAAGGGCAACAGGAGGACAAACAGGACACAGAUGUCCACUACCACUCUCUGACAGGCGAGGGGAAUUUCAACUGGCGCUUCGUGUUCCCCUUUGACUACCUGAUGGCCGAGGAGAAGAUUGUCAUCUCUAAGAAGGAGUCCAUGUUCUCCUGGGAUGAGACAGAGUACAAGAUCCCUGCACGCCUCACCCUGCAGGUCUGGGACGCUGACCACUUCUCCGCUGAUGACUUCCUAGGUGCAAUAGAGCUGGACCUGAACAGGUUUCCCCGCGGGGCGAAGACAGCCAAGCAGUGUUCCAUAGGCAUGGUCCAGAAUGAGGCUGAGCUGCCCUGCAUUUCCAUCUUCAAACAGAAGAGAGUCAAGGGCUGGUGGCCAUUCGUGGCCCGCGACGAAAACGACGAGAUGGAACUCACGGGUAAAGUGGAGGCGGAGCUUCAUCUGAUGUCGGCAGAGGAAGCGGAGAAAAGUCCUGUUGGUCUGGGACGCAAUGAGCCUGACCCUCUGGAGAAACCAAAUCGGCCGGACACCACAUUCCUGUGGUUCCUGAGCCCGCUGAAGGCUAUCCGCUACCUGGUGUGUAACCGCUACAAGUGGCUUAUCAUCAAGAUUGUUGUGGCCCUGCUGCUGCUCAUGAUGCUGGGGCUCUUCCUCUACAGCAUGCCUGGCUACCUGGUCAAGAAGAUGCUGGGGGCCUGAGGGGGCUGAUUGGGGCUGCAGGGAUGGGUACCAGGGUGGGUUGGGGUUGUCGAGACACAGAGGAGUGGUGGGGGUGGUGGGCGGGGUUCCAUGCACUUCCACUUUCCAUUGUUAAUACUCACAUCCACCAAACAACAUCCCACAGUCUCUCCAUCAGUACCCUCCCCCCAAACACACUCGCCUCAGUGCUGCUGAGAGGGGGGGUGUAAGGGAGAGAAUAGGGGAGGGAAAGGUGGAUAGAUGGGAAGACAAGAUGACAGCAGCCCCCCAGUCUACUCCCUCCGCAUCCCAGCCUUGCCCCUUCUCCACCGCCCCUCUAACCAUGGCAGUGCUGCUCAACACACAUACUCAAGGACUUCCUAUCCCUUGGUCUUCUGAAAACUAGGAACAACCAUCUACUUUCGACUGCUACAGUAGCACAGUGGGCCUAGCCGAUCAAAUGCUUCAGGACGCUAACCAAUCAGAAACCUCAUCCCUGCACUGGCCACUGACUAACCAAUCAAACAACUCAACCCUGAUCUCAUCAUCAGCAAUGCAGCAUACCCUGAUGUUACCUUUCAGAGAUGGUUUAUUUACCUAUGUAUGUAUUUGUUUAUUUAUGACUUAAAUUGAUUUGGAAGUUGCCGGAGUCUGGUGUAGCAAUCUAAGCUUCCGAUUCCGGACUACACAUGCCCCCUGUCGAUGGUGAUUCGAUCCCCGGCUCGGCGGAUUGUCCACGCCCUUCCUUUCUGUAUCUCUCUCCAUUGUUUACUAUUCUGUACUUAUAACUGUCUUGUCAAUAAAAUAAUAAUAAAUAUGGAAGGCGAUCGGAGCUCCUGGUCUCCUAAAAACAUAUACAAUUAUUUGGAAGGACAUGGUUAGUUUGAUCAUUUCUCAAGUGAUGUUGUAAACUAUUUAUUUAACUAGGCAAGUCAGUUAAGAACAAAUUCUUAUUUACCAUGACGGCCUAGGAACAGUGGGUUAACUACCUUGUUGAGGGGCAGAACGACAGGUUUUUUACCUUGUCAGCUCGGGAUUCAAUCUAGCAACUUUUCAGUUACUGGUCCAACGCUCUAACCACUAGGCUACCUGCCACCCCAUGAGACAGUGCCUUCAGUGCCAUUGACGUUUUCAACAUUUUGUCAUGUUGCAACCUGAAUUUAACAUUUCAUAUAGGGAUUCAAACGCAAAGACCAGGGAGAUUUUCCAAUGCCUGGCAAAGAAGGGAACCUAUUGGUAGAUAAAAAAUUAAAAAGCAGACAUUAUAAAGAGGUUAUCAAAGUUGCUUGUUCUGCCCACUAUGAUUCAUUUGCUGCCUUCAGAAAUUAUAGGCUGUGGUCUAUAUUGGGUUAGUUAUAACAAAUCUUUGUUAGGGUUAUUGCUUGUAAUCGAUAAGGACUGGGGAGCUUUUCAGGAUAAAAAAUAAAUGUUAUGGAGCUUGGCACAGGCAAAGUCCUAGAGGAAAACCUGUUUCAGUCUGAUUUCCACCAGACACUGGGAGAAAUAUUCGCCUUUCAGCAGGACAAUAAGCUAAAACACAAGGCCAACACUCAAGUGGCUGAGUUACCGUUUUGACUUAAAUCUACUUGAAAAUCUAUGGCAAGACCUGAAAAUGAUUGUCUAUCAAUGAUCAACAACCAAUUUCACCAAGCUUGAAGAAGUUAGAAAAUAAGAAUGCUCUUAGAGACCCAGAAAGACUCACGGCUGUAAUCGCUAUCAAAGGUAAAUAUACUUAUGUAAAUUAUAGAUAUUAUUUCUGUAUUUAAUUUUCAAUGCAUUUUCUCAAAUUUCUAAAAACAUGUUUUCACUUUGUUAUUAUGGGGUGUUGUGUUGAAAUGGGUGAAAAUGUUGUUUUAUAUAAAUGUUUAAUUCAGGCUGCAACACAACAAAAUGUGGAAUAAGUCAAGGGGUUUGAAUACUUUCUGAAGGCACUAUGUGUCGGUUUCGAAAUGGGAAUCAUGGGGUUGGUGUGAGCUUUUGAACCGGAUCAAAUUAAAUGUUUUUCCAACAGUUCAUUAGCGUUCCUCUUUAGCUCUUGCAGCCUUUGCACACGUCUUCUAAAAUAAUGGGACAAGGAAUACAAGAAUAGCUUUCGAAUAUGAAUCCAUUAGAGAAGUAAACUUGCUAUUGUUUGGCUUAAAUUAUGUCGUCAAACACCAACAUUUUAUGGAACAAAGUUUGUUUCUUCACCACUUUCUUCAGUGACCUGGAAUGCUCUUAUUGGUUCUUAGUUAUCCAGAAAAUAUACAGUAGUAAUAUAAGCAUGCAUCAGUAUUCUAACAUCUCACGGUGAUUGAGUUUACAUGAUCAUCAGAUAUGGUAUGACUUCCUUUCUACUAUAGCUUUUAUAGUCGGCUUCUAAACCUGUUAUCUGUAUGGAUCCUGACACGUUUUAAUCCAUGCAGAUUUUCCCGGAAGUGGUUAUGUGCACCUUAUAGCACAAGAGGUCCGGUAAAAGGGAGGUGUGGCUUGGCCUCUUGACCUCUGCCCUGUCGGCCUGUCAGAUUACUUUGUUUGCAGUGUGCAGUUCCCUCUGGUUUCCCCUUGCUUGACCUACUUGUAGUUAUGACAUCAUUUGUGUUGCAGUCAUUUUAGUGAUCUCAUGUUCACAAAAUACAAAA